AUGGCAUCCACAGCAACCAACCCACCCCCGAUAAGGGCCUGUCUCUUCGACAUGGACGGCCUGCUCCUGGACACGGAGGACCUCUACACCAAGUGCAUCAACGUCGUGCUGGCCAGGUACUCGCGGCCCAACCUCCCCUGGUCCAUCAAGGCCAAGCUGCAGGGCCGCCCGGCCGCCGAGGCGACCAGCAUCUUCCACUCCUGGGCCGACCUCCCCAUCAGCAACGAGCAGUACCUGGCCGAGUUCUCCGCGCAGCAGCGCGAGCACUUCCCCACCGCGGCGCCGCUGCCCGGCGUCGAAAAGCUGCUGGCCGACCUGCGCAGGGCCCGCGACGGCCAGGACGGCAGCACCGCCGCGCCCAGGGUGCACCUCGCGCUGGCGACCAGCUCGACGCAGGUCAACUUCAGGCUCAAGUCGGCGCACCUGGCGGAGCUGUUCAGCGUGUUCCGGCCCGAGCACCGCGUGCUGGGCGACGACCCGCGCAUCCCCCGGGGGCGGGGCAAGCCGCUGCCCGACAUCUACCUCGUGGCGCUGGCGGCGCUCAACGCGUCGCUGCCCGCGGGCGAGGCCGAGAUCCGGCCCGAGGAGUGCCUGGUGUUUGAGGACAGCGUCCCUGGCGUCGAGGCCGGGCGCAGGGCCGGCAUGCAGGUCGUCUGGGUGCCGCAUCCCAUGCUCAAGAAGGAGUACGAGGGUCGCGAGGACGAGAUCCUGGCCGGCAGGAUGGGGGAGGCUGGCGAUGUGGCCGACGGGGGAAAGGUGGGCGAGAUUGGUGACGGUUGGGGCCUGUAUCUGGAGACCUUAGAGAAUUUUCCGUACGACAAGUUUGGUAUCCAAAUACCGUCAUGA